GCAGUUUCCAGAAUUGCUUGGGUUUUUGAACAUAAAAAGGGUAGCAUAACUUUCCUCCCCGUUUGAUCGAAAAGCCUUAAACAUGCAAACCGCAGAUAUUUUCACAGAUGCGUCCAGUGGAGAUUCGCUGCCCUCUUACGAGGAAUCAACCAGGGCUUCUGAACCAAAACCUGCGUUGGAUGAAGCAGCAACCCUGCAAGCGUUCUAUACCUUUAAACUCGAGCAGUGUUUGGCAAAGCAAAGGCAAUACAACGAGAAUCAGUUGGAAUUACAAGAAGAAAAACUAAAGGAGCUGCAAGAAGAAAUAAAGGAAUGGGAACUGAAGCUUCAGCAUAUGCGAUCUUGUUGAUGCAGAAAGGAAAGCGUCAUGGUAGCUUUUAGGAUAUCCACUUUGUCUUUGUUCUGUAAAGAGUUCCUACAAGAAAAUCACUGCAACACUCUAA